UUGCAUCAGGUUGCUUCAAUGUCGAAGACUUGCAUCCUCGAUAGUCUCAUCCCGUUGUUCGUUCGAAUACGUUUCUCUUAUAUUUUCUUUCAUCAUAUAUUAUGAAGAGAGAGAAGUCAUAAAAACAGUGUCAGUUUUAUCGAGUCCAGUGAAAUAAAAAAUUAAUUAUAAUUCAUAUCAAUAAUUACUAAAAAAUGAUAAGUGUUUACAUAAUGUAUUAAAAAAUUAACGAUGUAUGGAAAAAAACCCAGAAUGUGGUGCUGUGCGCUUCUUCUCGUAAUUUCGUUUGCGGAAUCUCAAAAUUUCAAAAAUGAAGAAAAUGACGAAUUGAACGCAAAUUUUACGACACAUUAUAGCGAUCAAACAGAAAAACUGCGACGUGACUCGUAUAAAAAUCCCUUCAAAAAUACCCAAUACGAAGAUUGUCGCAUCAACUCCACAUGUAAUGAUGAUGAGAAUUUGACAAGGAUUGAAGAAGAGAACGAUCAGUUGCUUAAAAAUUCCAGCAGCACUCUUGAGAUUUUUACUGUAACAGCGCCUAAUAGUAAUCUUUCAGUAGAAAUGAAUAAAAUAAACUACAUAGAUUUGGGCGCCGACAUAGGAUCUUUAUUAUUUUUGCUGCCGAUAUUUCUCGUGUAUUCUAUACUGCCAGAACUCCGAAAUGUACACGGCUUCAUAUUGCGGAAUUACAUCGGUGCCUUGUCUAUUGCAUACGGAAUUGACAUUGUGAAUAUUAUAAUUAGAACGAAUGCUGUGCAAGAUUCCGUCUGCAUUACAAUAGCCUUCUUAAUCUACUUUUGUUUUUUGGCAAGCUUCUUCUGGUUAAAUAUAAUGAGUUUCGAUAUAUGGUGGACAUUCAGAACAUUCUAUUCGUUACAACGAAAUGUGAAACAGCAACAGAGAAAGAAAUUGUUAUUUUAUGCAAUCUACGCGUGGGGAAUUCCCUUUAUCCUGGCUAUCGUUUGUAGUAUUAUGGAUUUUAUUACAAGCGUGCCAGAAAUUUUUCAACCAAAAUUUCGCACAAGCGGUUGCAUAUUAGAUGGGGAAAAUAUAAUUGCGUUUAUAUUGUAUUACUAUGUGCUCAAAAGUAUGUGCAUUAUUAGUAGCAUUUGUUUAUCUAUUUCUACGGCAUUAAAAAUUGGACGUUACAAAAAGGAUACGAGUCAUUGUCUGAUAGAUUCGGAGAGCAAGUGCUAUAACGAUAAUAAAAAAUGGUUUAAUCUAUAUCUGAAGCUAUUUAUUGUGCUAUUUAUCGUAAUAGGCAUAAAAUGGCUCAUGAUAACAGCGUCAUUAUUAUAUGAAAAUGUAUCAAUUUACAACUCGUGUGCUACUAAUUUACUGGACAUUAUUAAGAAUCUGUGCACCUUUAUCAUAUUUCUGUGGAAAAAAAGGAUCAAGCGCAUGUUAUUCAAGCGAUUCGGCUUCGAUUUGUCGUCAAAUGCUUGACACGGAUCGAAUGCAACAUUUUCGAGCAUUAUUACCACGUCAAAAGAAAUAGUCAUACAGGAGAAGAUGAGUUUUUCCGGACGAGCAAGUCACACUGAUUUAACCGACCUUUAAUUUUUAUUUGAAAAUGGAAAUCAUGUUUAUUUAUGCUGAUCUUUAUGUUUAAGAUUAAUAAUUAUAAUUUAUACAUAUUUUCGCGGAUUUCGUAGCAAAAUUAUAUUAUUUUGUCUCGUUUCUUUUUCAAAUUCAAAUAAGAUUAUAUGCUACAUUUCUUGACAUAUAUUUAAAUAUUUGUAAUAUUGUUAAUUGUAGCGGCUGAUAUUAUUUUCAAAUUUCAAUAUUUGUAGAACUUUAGAAAGCUGUUACAAAAUUUACAUGAAAUUACUAUAAGUUGUAAUUAUAUAUACAAUGUCGGACGUUUCGGAUUAAAAGGCACAACGGGCUGCCCAUUUUUCACAGAGUAGAGAGUCGUAUUAGGACUUAAAUUUUAGAUUUUUUCACGUAGAGACGAAUGCCGUCUGGUGAAUUUUGAUAAAUUUAAAAUAAAAUUUUUUUGAAAAAUUUUUUUCCUCGGCAAAAGUUGAGUGUGAAAAAUUAAAUACAGCAUCAGCGCUAUCGGAUCUACCGCAAUUUUUAAUUCCAAAUCAAAUAAAUACUCAUGAUAUAACUCUCAAAGUUAUGCAAGUGGAAUCUAAACCGGUUUUGGAAUAAGUAAUUUGUUUUUAAUUUAUAUGUGCAUGCAUUAUAACUAAUAUGAUAAUGUAUAAGAGUUGGCAAAUAAUAAACUGAUAAAAGAUA